AUGCGCACGAAAUCCAUGUCGCUGGUGCUCGUUCAAGAUCCGUCGCACGCAGAACCGAAACACCUGGACCUCGACUGGAUCGACGCGCGCGUCGAUCCUUCGCCUUUCAGGCUCGGGGACCAGGUAGCUUCCGCGGGGAAUGCGCGGAAUUUUGCCGGAAAUUGGGGGACAGCGCAAGAGCGGGAGGUCGCGGAGGGGGUAGGGAGCAUGGGGGGCGAAUCGGCGGGGCAGAAUGCGUUUUGGGGCGCGGCGGAGAAGGCUGGUUCGGGUAGACGGGCGGGGCCAGGCUCGGGAAGUGCUGCAGUCACGCUUGCUGGUGCGACUGGUUCGGGACUAGGCCUGGGAAAGCACCGCAGGUAUGUGUCGGUGGACGUACGGCGGGGAACGGAGGAGGACCUGUAUGACGUGGCGGUCUUCGAUAGGGUGGACGAAGAACCAAUGUCAGGGAAAAGCGGGAUGGCGGGGGGACGUAGAAAGGGGGGAAGCAACGCGCGGAGCGCCAUGAGCGCAGGAGCAAGGGGGGGGAGGGGAACGGGGGAUUGGGACGAAGCGGCGGAGUGGGAGGAGGAAGAGGAGGAGGCGGGGGAGGAACAAUACGACGGCAGGGAAGGGACGAGCACGCAUCUGAAUCAGCAGCAGCAUCGAUACAAAUCCGCUCGUUCCCUCCCGUUAACCGUAGCGCGGAGGAUAGGUGUUCCCGCCAAUAGCGUUUCCACUGCUGAGCUUCCCCUAGGCCCCGCGGACGGCGCUUCCCCCUCCUGCCACGUGUCCUAUGGACCCUCCGCGUCUCUCCCCCCUCUCCGCUCGUACCACUCCGGACACGCUUCCCUGCUCGGGGGGAGAGGGCUGGACAGGGGGGAAGCGGGGCAGGGGGAGCUCGUUGGCGGAGGCAAAGGAUGGGGGGAAGAGCGACGAGGGGGGAGGCGUCCGCGCACUGGGGAAGGGCGCGCAGUUGGGGAGGAGCGUUCAAUGGGGAGAAGCCGCGGGGCGGGGUAUAACACGGAGGAGGCAUGGGGGCGUGGCGCGAAUUGGGAGGGGAAUGGGGAGGAGCAGGUCGGAAAAGGGCAAGUAGGGAGGUGGCGAGACGAGCGGCAAGAUCAGGGGAAAGCGCGGAGGCAAGAGAGGGGGGGGACAGAGGGGAUGGGGCGCGGGCAGGUGGCGAGGCGGCAUGGAAGGAGCGGAAGCAUUGCUUGUAGUGCGGAGCUAAGGGGGCUGUCUUUGGAGCAAGAACUGGUAGAGGAAAUGAUGCAGCAGCAGCAGCAGCAGCAGGGCGGCAGGCAGGCACGGUUACCAGUUCAGCACAAGGAGCAGCAAGAGCAGCAGAAGCUGCAGCUGCAGGGAUGGCAGAAGCAGGCGGGGGCGGAGGUGGCGCAUGCGCGCAGCAUGGGCGCAGCUGUUGCGGGGGGGGAGGGCAAGCUGCAGCACGUGAUGCAGUGGCUGGCGAGCGCGCAGGGGCACGCGGAGGAGGGGGAGGAUGUCGACGGGGAGGAGAAGGAGGAGGAGGAGGAGGAAGAGGAGGAGGAGGGUGGGACAGCGAUGCAGGCAGAGGCGGCAGAGGGAGAGGUAGCGGGAGAGAGGGCACGAGAGGUUCCUAUUGUGGUGGUGGACUCGUACCGACAGAAGUCGCGUGUGCGGUGGGUGGUGGAGGGCGAGAGUGACGGCAACAGCAGCAGCACCAGGAGCCCUGGGGGAGGAGGACCAAGGCCCGCUGGGAUUCACGCACGGGGUGGCUCUGUGUCAGGUCGGGAGAGAGGGAGUGAAAGUGACCGGGAGAGGGAGAGGGAGAGGGAGAGGGAGAGGGAGAGGGAGAAGGGUUGUAAGUCGGAGCGGGAUGAGGCGGUGUCGUUAUGGCUGUCAAGGAGCAGUGAUGGGUGCACGGAGCUGGUUGGCAACAGCAGCCGCAGCAUGAGAUCCGGCAGUGGUAAUUUCAGCCCCGGUGGCGGUGUUAAUGGCGGUGCUGGUGGUGGUGCUGGUGGCGGUGCUAGUGGUGGUGCUAGUGGCGGUGCUGGUGGUGUUCUGAUUUGGAAGGGAGAAGGGAGACAACGAGGAGGAGGCCAGUCGGACUUGGAGGGUGCAAGCGAGCAGCAGUGGAUGAGGAGAGAUGAGGGAAGAACCAACCAGCGUUUGCAGCUCCUGCAGAAGCACCAGCAGCAGCAGCAGCAGCAGCAGCAGCAGCAGCAGCAGCAGCAGCAGCCGCUGCCGCGGCCACGGCAGCAUGUGCGGUCGAAAUCCCUAGCAUGGAACGUGGAUGCCCCCCCUACCUUCCAAAUCAAGCGGAGGAGUGCGGAGCACAAAAGGGGAGACGCGAAGGGUGGUGGAGAGGGCGCGGAGGAGGAGGACGAGAAGGAGGAGGAGGAGGAAGAAGAGGAGUGGAGCAGCAGCAGUGAGCAGCAGUGCCCAGACGACCUGCGCCGGGCGCGCUCGUUGAUCCAAUCCCGAGGCCGAUCUCUCCGAGAAGCAGUCCUGGAAGAGCCCUCUCGACCGCAGACAGCAGGGCGGGUGAACCCGCGCCGCCACACGCGGUUUAGAGUAGAACCAGACCUGCAGUUCCAAGGGCACGCGCACGGGCAGGAGCAGGGGCAGGGGCAGGGGCAGGAGCAGAGGCUGGGGGUUGUGCAAUCCAGAAGCUCCUUGCCUCCCAAGGUGCGGUUUCAGGGCGUGAAGGGGCGGGAUGGUGGGGUCUGGCGAGGGGCGUGGAGUGGGGACGAGAGGGGUGGGGAGGUGGGACGAGGUGCGAGGGAUGGGAGGGGGCAGGAUAAGGGAGAGGAGGAGGAGGAGGAGGCUGUGGAGGAGCAGUGUAGGGAGGAGGAGGAGGGGGGUGUAAGCUGUGCAGCUGCUGGUGAUGGUGAUGGUGGUGACGGUGCUCGUUGCAGCAUGAGCAGCAACAGCAGCAGUGGCAAUCAAGGUGUUGCUGUCACUGGAGGAGCUGCAGCUGCAGCAGGCGCAGCAGGUGUGGCCGGUACAGGAGGUGCAGCAGGUGCAGCAGGUGCAGCAGAAACCGUGACAAGUGGUCGCAUGGGAAGGCGUGUGCUGGUUCCGGAGUCCUCCCCCAGCAGCAGCAGUACGGCCCAGGGCUCCGAAUCAGGAGCUGGCGCGAGUGCUGUGAGCGCGGAGGGAGGAGGCUCCGUGCGCGAUAAAACUAAGGGGGCAGGAGCAGGAGCAAGUGGAGGAGCGGGAUUGGGAGGAGGGGGGGGAGGGGGAGGAGGAGGUGGUGGAGGGGUUGAGGAGGGGAGCAGCAGCAAGGCAUCCGCGUCCUCGUCCGUUCGCUGGAGGUGGCCCCGUUCCUCCUCCCGCUCUGGCGCCGCUGCCACUGCCGCCGCCGCCGCCGCUGUUGCCUCUGCCUCUGCCCCUGCCCCUGCCCCUGCCGCUGCCGCUGCCGCUGCCGCCGACACUCUUGCUGGCACUUGUGAUGCUACCAGCCGCCCUGCUAGCCCUAUCGAACCCACCAACGGGGCUUCUCAAGGCAUCGGAGGUUGUAGUACCAGUGAGGUCUCCCGGGCUUCACCGGAGAAAGGAGGCAGCGGCAGGAAGGGCGAGGAUGGGAGAGCGCGCGGGGGAGUGGAGGGGUGCAAGAGUGGCGAGAGGGACGGGGCGGGGGAGGGCAGGGAGAAGGAGGCGAAGGGAGGCGUGGACGGGGAUCGAUCAGGGGGGUCUGCUCAGUCUGGUCGUGUCUCCUUCUGGCGUUCCGCCCUUGGCCUCAAAAGCUCCGCCGCCGCCGCUACCCCCGCUGCUGCUGCUGCUGCUGCUGCUGCUGCUGCUGCUGCUGCUGCUGGGAGUAGCGCUGCUGCUGAUGGCAGUGGUGGGGUUGGUCGUACGAGAACCGACAAUGCAGGAGAUGGGGAGGGUGGGGCAAGCACAGCAGGAGGGGCGUCAGGAGGAGGCGGUGCAGCAGGAGCAACAGGGCCUUUGGCUGCACCCUCCCCUGCAUCCGAGAAGAGCCGCCCGUUGAGCCCGCUGCUUGCGAGCAAAGGAGGAGGGGCAGCAGGAGCAGGCAGGUCCGGAGGGACGAGGGACGGCGCAGCAGUGGAAAGCAGAGGGUCAAGAAGUGGGGAACGAGUGAGAAGGCGGAUGACGGGGGAAGAAUCGCCAGCAGCAACAGCAGGAGCAGCAGGAGCAGGAGCAGGGAGGAGUUCUGGUGCUGGGGCGGCAGCAGGGCAAUCAGCAACGCGUUCGCCCAGCCCGGUCCCGUCAGGGCUGUUUGGGUUCAUGCGAUCCCCAGCAAAGGCAGCACGCAAUAGGGGGCGGUCGCUGGAGUGCCUGCCGUUCCUCGCCUCCCUCGCUUGCUCCGAUGCCCACCCUCUGCUCACGCUGGAUGGUGAUGAUAGCAGUGACGCAUCUCAGAAUGACCCUCAGGACGAUUCUACUGCUGCUGCUGGUGCUGGUGCUGGUGCUGUUGGUGGUGGUGCCGGUACUGGUGAGCGGGGUGAUGGGGGAGAGAUUGGCGAGAACGUGUGGAAUGAAGAGGGUUGUGUGGAGGAGGAGGAUGGAGAGGAAGGGAGUGUGGUGGAGCGGGAGAGUGAGGGGGAGGAAGGGAGUGUGAAUGUUAUUGAAGGCCGGGAGAUGGAGGAGCGGGAGGAGUGGGGGGACGGGGAGGAAUGGGACGAAGAGGAGGAGGAGGAGGAAAAGGAAGGGCAGGCAGGGGAUGCGGAAGAUUGGGAAGGAGAGGUGCAUGGUGGUGGUGGUGAAUCCAUGGGUGUGCAGGAGAGGAGAAGAGGUAGUGGUGAGGGGGGUACACGAGGCGGAGUGAGAGUGUCAUGGCGACCGUUGCAAGGGGAGGCGGAGGGACCUGGAGGCAGACGGAAGUCAGAGGGAGAGAGGUGGGAGGCAGCAGGAGAGAGGAGUGCAGGUCUGGGGAAGAGGGAAGGCGGGAGAGGGGCGAGAGUGCAGCGAGGAGGGGUGAGUGGGAGUGAGGAGGGUGACAUGUACCCUGCACAUUGGGAAGGUGGCGAGAUGGGUGAGGUGGAAGGGAUGGGGAAUGGGGAUGCGUGGGCAUACAAUCACGGCGGGAACAAACCGGAGGAGGAGGGGAAGGAGGAGGAGGAGUGGGGAGAGGAGGAUGAGGGGUUGUUUGAGCGGGCGAACAGUGACCGGAUGGGAAGGCGCGGCGGUGCAGCAGAGAGGGACCUUGCGGCUGGGCGCGAACAGAGAGUCAGACGAAGCAUGAGCAUGGGUGUGGGCGUGGGCGUGAGAAGGGACACGGGGUUGGGGAGUGGUGGUGCUGGUGUGAGUCACGAGUCGUGGAGGGAAAAGGAGGAAGGUAAGGGGUCGAGAAAACGGGGUAGCAAGAGCAGAGGCAGCAAGGGGGCGAAUAGGACUGGGGGGUGGGUAGAAGGAGGAGGUGGUGGUGGUGGUGGUGGUGGCGGCGGCAGCAAGAAAGGUGUGAUUUUUGAGUCGACUCAGAAAGUGGGGAAAGUGGGGAAAGAGGAGCAGGUGACAGUGGCAGUGAUGGACUUCACAGAGAGCUCACUGCCUGUGGCGACUGUCAUUAUGUCUCACUCGUCCGUCUGUGCGGCUUCUCUUGCUGCCCACCUGCCUGUUGCUGUGCCCGUUGACAUGGCUGUGGAAGCUACCUCCUUCACUGAUGCAACUUCUUCUACUGCUCCUCCUGCUGCUUCUGCUGCUGCUGGUGGUGGUGGUGGUGGUGCUGCUGCUGCUGCUGCUGGUCCGGAGGAAGGCGAUGCGUCCACGCCGGAGGGUCGGCAGAGCGCGAGCCUGUACGAGCGUGUGUUUGGGCUGUGCGUGAACGUGCUGGGAGGGCCGUUUGAGGACGUGAAGAGCAAGUACUUGCUGCACAAGAAGGAGCUCGGGGAGGGGCGGUUUGGACGCAUUCGCCUGUGUGAGAGCAGGGAGACACGGGAGAAGGCGGCGUGUAAGACCUAUGACCUCCAUCCUUGUUGCCACCACCGGUACCUUGUUUGUGUAAAUCCUCACUCAUUCCGUGUCUCACUGUUCCCAUUCCCCUGUGCUCCUUCUCCUGCUCCUCCUGCUGCUGCUGCUGCUGCUGCCGCUGCUGCCGCUGCUGCUGCUGCUGCUGCUGCUGCUGCUGCUGCUGCUGCUGCUGCUGCUGCUGCUGCUGCUGCUGCUGCUGCUGCUGCUGCUGCUGCUGCCGCUGCUGCUGCUGCUGCUGCUACUGCUGCUGCCACGUGUGGGUGUGCGUGCAUGUGCCAUGUGGUGCAGUGUCAGGCGGAUGUGGAGGACCUACGGAGGGAGGUGCAGAUACUGCGCAUGCUCAAGGGCCAUCCCAACAUCGUACAGCUCUUCCACGUGUUUGAAGACGCCGAGGACGUGCACAUGGUGAUGGAGAUGUGUGCGGGGGGGGACCUGUUUGACCGGGUGAAGACGCGCCUCUUCUACCCGGAGCGCAACGCGGCGCGGGUAGUGGCGGAGGUGGUGGGCGUGGUGCAGCACUGCCACCGCCUGGGCAUCGUGCACCGCGACCUCAAGCCCGAGAACAUCCUGCUGCUCAACCCCGACUGCGACGUGUCACUCAAAGUCAUCGAUUUUGGCAUCUCGGGAAUACUUGCGCCUGGAGAGCGCUUCAACGAGCGCAUCGGGUCGCCCUUCUACAUGGCACCGGAGGUAGUGCAGCGAUCGUACGGGUGCGAGGCAGACAUAUGGAGCGCGGGGGUCAUUCUCUACAUCCUGCUGUGCGGCCGCCCGCCAUUCUGGGCGCCCACCACGGACGGCGUGUACGAGAGCAUUAAGGCGGGGCGCCUCAACUUCUCCUUCCCCCCGUGGCCCUCCGUGUCGGCGCAUGCCAAGGACCUGGUAGCGCGCAUGCUCACAGUUGACCCGCGCAAACGGGUCACUGCCGAGGGGAUUCUCGGUGAGUGA